GGAAAAAAACGCAAUUACUUUUUGGCCAACCCAAUAGAAUUGUAACCGUCCGAAAGCACAGAAUCGCGCGAGGACAUGCGGAUCCGCGGAAGUAUAGCAAGUUCCCGUCCCGAAAAUAUAGACGUCGAGAGAUAUCGAAACACUUAAGUGUCCGCUCGCAGAAAAAUUGAAAAGCCCGAGAAAGACGCGCGAGCAAAAUCGCUAACGUUUCCGAUUGUUGUGACGUUUCAGCGUCGACCACAGGAUCGUGCCAUGACGCGGGCAUCACCGACGUGAACUCCAACCACAAUCACCAUCCUCACAACUAUCUUCAUCACGGAUACAAUCAGCACGAGCAUCGGCCCGAAGACCGAGUCCCAUCGUCCUCCUCGAUGUCUACCUUGCUAUGUUGCGAGCCGGUGUCGGCUGGCCGACCACGGGCCAACCUGAAACUCGUGCUGAAUCGCAGCCUGAGCGAGCCGGGACCGAGCCCUUGCGGCUUCCCGGCAUCGCCAACCGCGUCGCCAAUCGCCACCUCCGUUAGCAGCAGCGGCGGUUGCAGCGACAGCGGAAACGGCAGCCUAAGCAGCAACAGCAGCAGCAACGACAACGUUAACGGCAGCCCCAUCCAGAUACCGUCGAUUGUCAUCGACGAGGAGGCGAACGGCGACGACGACGGCGACAGCGGCGACGUCCAUCGCCGUGGCUUUCACCACCUGCAUUACCACCACCAUCAUCAUCACCACCUUCAUCACUUGCACCAUCAUCAACACCUGACGGUGACCACGAAGCGUUGCAAGCUGGAGACCGCCAGCCUGCCCACCAGUCCUUGCGCGGAAAACGGCGGUUUUCAUCGUCAGCUGGUGCUGAGCAGGACUCGCGUCGUCACUUCCGGCGACCUGGCCGAGCGUCUCACGCGUCUCGAGACCUCCCGACCUGGCGCCGUUCCGUCGGUGAUCCUCGACUGCCGACCGUUCAUCCUGUACAACGUGAACCAUGUGCGCGGUGCCAUCAACGUGAACUGCUCGGACCGCUUCAACCGACGCAGGCUCCAGCUCGGCAAGGCUACUCUCGCUGAUCUCGUGACGGCUCGUGAGGGCAAGGAGCUGCUCAGGAGGCGACAGUUCAAGGAGGUCAUAGUGUACGACGACUGCACCGACGAUCUAGAGCACCUGCCCGCCCAGCAUCCGUUGUUCCUCGUGCUCGCAGCGCUCGUCGACGACGAUUGGGAACCAGCUCUGCUGAUCGGUGGACAUCGCGAGUUCCACAGGCGGCAUCGAGAGCUAUGCGAGGACACGUUGCUGCCGAGUGGCGGAAGUGCCGUGACCGCCGGCGCCGAUCCCUCGACGACGACGACGUCGACGAUGACCACGGUGAGCGGCUGCACGAGUCCCGGACCGGGAUGCCCCGUGCUCAGCAUCUCUGGUCCACCCACCCCGCAGCCGGCCGACAUCGACAGCCAUCCAGCGUCCCGUGUGCUGCCGUUCUUGUACCUCGGUAACGGGCGAGACGCCGCCGACCUGCAGCUACUGCGUGCCCUGGGCGCCACCCGGGUGCUGAACGUUACCUCACAACUGCCCGGCUACCACGAGGAACGGGGCAUCACGUACAGGCAGAUACCAGCCUCGGACUCUGGCCAUCAAAACCUCAAGCAGUACUUCGAGGAGGCGUUCGACUUCAUCGAGGAAGCGCGGAAGGCCGGAAGCAGCGUGUUGGUGCACUGUCAGGCUGGCGUGUCGCGCAGCGCAACAAUCGCGAUCGCCUACAUAAUGCGAUAUAAGGACCUGACGCUGGCAGAAGCGUACAAGCUGGUGAAGAACGCGCGUCCGAUCAUCAGCCCCAAUCUGAACUUCAUGGGUCAGUUACUGGAACUCGAGCAGGGCCUGCGGGCAUCCGGCGAUGUCAGUAACUCGGCGGCAGAGGAGUCCACGUCGACGACGACGACGCCGACGCCGACGACGACGACAUCAUCAACAACGGUGGCGGCAGCUACGACGGCGACGACGACGACGUCGACGACGACGGGUAGUUGUCACCAGUGUAGAUGGAGUCAUCAGUCCAGCAGCGAGGAAGUGGUCACUUCCGGUUGCAGCGUUUGAAACCGGAGCUUCCUCUCGUUUCUGCAUCUCUUGGUCUUCUUCGAGAAUACCGGAUCAUCGACGCCGACCAGCGUCGGGGCGCCGCAACGAACGCGCGCAACAAACAUAUCCCAAAAGCAUCGAGAGCGAACGACGACGUUCUUCCUGUGCCUCUUCGCGACGAAUCCAAACGAUAAAAGUCGGACGAUUGUCCGGCAGGAUGGACGAGAUCGUGCGGAAUGUAUAUCGUGUUCAACCGUACGAGGGUUCCGCAAGCGCAAAGAUGAGACGUCGUUUCCGCCGGGAUUCGUCGAGUCUGCGGAGCUCUUGGCCUUGAAAAAUCUUCGCGCUUUUCGCCUAAAAUGUUUAGAUUUGUUAGUCUGGAUGAGUUAUCGACUCUUCGAUUCUUUACACUCUCCACAACGUUAUAUAUAUAUCCUUGGUACACAUCUUUAGGUUUCUCGAAUAUCGUGCCUUCGGAAUAUCGAUAAUUGUUCCGAGAUGGUUUAGAGUGAAUAUAGUCAGACAUUGCCGACAGACGAACUUAUUAAAAUCAAAUUAAAAUUAAUCGAAUUAAAAGCUAUUUAAAAUCGAAAGGAAACGCGUGAAGAAGAUAUGCGCGACAUUCCUCGUCACUACUCCUUCGUGGGUAUCACUGAAGCUAGUUCACGUGUCUCGGACAUGACAACAAGUCAGUUUUAGCAUUCUUAGCACUUCAACAACGUCCAGCUUGAGCAACGCUACGAGUGCAGCGAAUAUCUUCUUCAUAUCUGUGUCCAAGCAAGGAAGAUUUAUAGCGAGGGGAAGGCCGUAAGAUUUCUCUACGCGGAACGCGGAGAGGCGCAAAGUGGCAGGGAGCCGCACGAGUAUUUCGCACGAGAGGAACUCGGGCACGCUCUCUUCCGACUUCGAUAACGAGCAGCAGCGCGUCGCGAUUAAUUUAUUGUCGGUGGACGUUCGCGCGAAUGAUAAGCGUAACUUGUACUUACGACACACACGGUGUUCCCUAACACAGCCUGGCUGAGUCAACGGAGAGGCAAGCGAAACAGCCGAGCGAGUGACCGAGCACGCUCGCCUCGCGGGGUCGCCGUGCGUUGAACCAAUGUGCAAAUUACUGAAUGAACUUUUGCUCGAAGACACUUUAUGCGUGCGAACCGCGGCCCCGAUUAUAUCGCUCGGCAUUGUUUGCGCAAGAGGAAGCAAGCACGAGGAAGAUGCGAUGCAUUGACGGAAGUGACUGUUCAAAUGAUUAAUCACAGGCAGCUGACGUGCGUAACGGUAGAGAGGGGCUCAGGGGCGGAAAGAAGUUAUUGCAAACGAAAAUUAACGGUGAUCAUUAGGUUUUUGAUUUCGUUAAUUAUUUAACUGUUACUUUACUUUAGAGAGAACAUAAUGUACUCGCGAUUUUAAUAUGUUAGUUGAAAAAGCAGAGAGAAAAAAAAAGAGAGAGAGUGACGGUAUAAUGUAUAUACAUGUGUGCAAUCUUGUAAUUAUAUUUAUAUCUGAUAAUUUAAUUUUCCUUCUCUUUGAAAAUAGUAACUUUACAACCAUAUUAAUUGUGUGUGUAUGGGAAGGCAGUUCUCUGAGUAUCGUUUACAAGAGACAGAUGAAACUCUCUUGGAAAUAUAAUAUAUUCUCCGCAAUGUGAUCUUGAAGCUCUGAAAGCUCUUACGAGGACGGGUAAAUCGCACGUUUGCCUCUCGGUUGACUCUCCUCACAUCAGGCACGAAUUCUUUUUCUAGAUGAAUUAUUUUCUGUGCGAAGAAGAUAUGCCGUCGAGUAAGCAUGUACGGGGUGUCACGAAGAAAGAGUAAUGGAAGUUCUAGUCCGUUAAACUAACGAAGUUAUGCUUUUGCAGCGAGUAAAGUCUCAGGUAGUUCUAUUUCCGACACAACAUAUUCUCUGCGAAUAUAAGUUAGCGCGCACGCGGUGACAAUAAAGACGACUUCAUUUUCGACGUUGGAAUCGAUGAACGUGUAUACACGAUGCGGUUACAUUUUCGAAGAAGCUUCAUUUACCGUCAUAUCAAAAAGUUCUGUUUUAGCGAAUAUUUUAUUUUGUAUCGACAAGUGGAAAAUGAUUUUUAAAGGCUUUUAUACGAGAAGAAUUAAAUAAAUAUAUUUAAUGGAUAAACGAAAAUGCGACUGUAAGCGGGAGAGAAGGGAGAAGUUUUUUUCUUCAGAAACGCAAUUUUACCAUCCACCGGAUAAGUGAGCAUAUGAGUAAUAAUGAGUUCAUGAGUGGUACUACAUAUUUCCUUUCGAGGCACCCUGUACAUCAAGUCAUCAUGUAAAACGGAAUGUUACUUUAACAAUGAAUCCCUACGGAGGAAAACGAGAAUUAAGUAAAACAGGAACGAUCGUUAAUAAGUAGUUCAUACAUCCAGGUCAGUCGAAGAGUGAGAUAGAGCGAAGGUGGCAGGGAAGAGAACGGAGCGACACGAGCGUGAUAAAGCGCGAAUCGAUCGAGACCAUUAAUCGAGAGCGGGAGCUCACCUGUUUACGAUUGUAUAUUGCGAUUGCAACGCAAGGUUGAUUAUUUGAUAAAGAGCAAGAAAUAAUUAUGA